AUGACUGGUUCGCAAUUAAGACAGAAAGAGGACAAUUCCGAAAAUACAGGCGACAAUGAAAACCUUCAAGCGUCGAUUGAAAGAGUCGAGACUAAUACUACAACAAGCGUCGGACCUGAUCUUGGCAAGACCGUCCGUCCUCAAUCCGAGCCUAAUUCUCCACAAGGAGCACCGGUUCGACCACUUGAAAGCAGACCAGCAACAACUGAAAAAUCGACAAAUAAUUUUCGACGAACCGUGCUUAUUUGUCUCGCAGUUUUCGUUUCAGCCAUCUCCGCCAUUUUGAUCAGCAUUUAUCUGAAGUCAUCAACUUCUACAGUAUGUGAUAUGAAGAAAGCAGAAAAUAGAGAUUUCAACAAGUACUAUGGGAUCGCUAACAUGAAAAAUCAUUUCAUAACACCAAGUGCUGAUAACUGCGCGGCGAGCAUUAUAUUCAAACCAGCAUUACCUCAAGCAAUACUGCAACAAGAUCAUUCAGCAAGCUCAUUCUUAACAUUGGCACCCUAUGGUACUGGGAAAACAUUGUUGAGAUGUGAAUAUUACAAAUCACUAAGAUCAGAUGCCUACUUCAAAGUAUUGAUAUUAAAUAAAGAGAUUGAUGGAUAUCUCGAUAGAACAGCUUUAAGAAAACUUCAUACUCUUAGACAAGAUGAGGAUAAAUUGGUUCUGUUAUUAGCAGUUACUGAGGAUAAGAACUUUACAAUCAAAGCAUUAGAAACAACUCGGUCGAUUAAUGUGUUAAAUGAUUUGAGACAUUUUGCAUUGUUUAUGAAAAAUCAUGUUAAAAAAACUGUCGUAUUCAUUAUUGAUGGAAUUGAUGAAAAUCGGUUUUUCUUUAAGGACUUGAACGUUAAUAAACAAUCAUUAGAAUUGUUUUGUCUUUCUUCUCUAUCGCAAGAGAUUAUUGCAAUGGCUAUGGCUGAUAAUUUUUAUUUAUCAAUAUUUUAUCCUAAAAUUGAUGGUAUUGAGAUGGAAAGGGGUAUAAUUCGAAAGGAUAAAUUUCCGACGCUUGUUAUAAAUUGGAAUAUAAAAUCAUUAAUGAAUUAUGCUGAUUACGUUCUGCAAGAAAUGAACAAAAAUGUAUCAGCAAGUCAUUGUAAACUAUUCACAAAUUUUAAAACACUUGUGAACUAUUCUAACACGAAAAAUGCUGAAACCAUCAAUAAAAUUACAACACCAAGAGCACUUCAUUAUUUCAUGCGAGACUUAAUACCGGAAAUGAAUCACUGUGCAAAUGAUGUCCAGGAACCAUUUAUAGCAACUACUGAAAACGUUGAGACUGCUUAUGAAAGCUCAGCUAAAUCUGCUUUUAAAGUUCACUAUAUUAAAGAGUGA